AUGGUCAUUGAUAACCAAUACCAACAUCUUAUUGCGUGGAACUACACUGGAUCUUCAUUUAUUGUUUGUAAUAUUAUGGAGUUCUCUCGUGAUGUUCUUCCCAAGCAUUUUAAGCACAAUAACUUUUCAAGUUUUGUAAGACAACUCAAUAUGUAUGGAUUUCACAAAGUCAAUAAAUCUCCCAGAGGUCACCGAACUUUGGCUGAAAACCAGAUAUGGGAAUUUUCCCACCAAAAGUUUCUUCGUGAUAGAGCAGAUCUUCUGGACGAUAUUAAACGAAAA